UGGGACUUCCAAAAAUUUUAAAUCAUGAAACAUCUAUUAGUGCUACUAUUAUGUGUUUUUAUAGUUCAGUCCCAAGGUUCCAGUGACCAUCAUGAGGUGACUUUUUUAAAAAAUUAUGUUGGUGCCCGUGGUCAUCGACCCCUUGGGAAGGGAGAGACUGCCAGCCUGAGACCUGCCUCACCUCCCAUCAGUGAAGGUGGCUAUCGGGCUCGUCCAGCCAAAGUAACUGCCAACGAAAGGAAAGUGGAGAGAAAACCUCCUGAUGCUGGGGGCUGUCUUCAUGCUGACCCAGACCUGGGAGUGUUGUGUCCUACAGGAUGUCAGUUGCAAGAAACUUUGGUAAAACAGGAAAGACCAGUCAGAAACAGAGUAAAUGAGUUAAGUAAUGAUGUGGAUUCUCUUGCUCAGACCUCUUCUGGCUCCUUUCGGCAAGUGACUAUACUAAGAGAAAUGUGGGAAAAGCAGCAGGAGCAAGUAAAAGAUAAUGAAAAUGUAAUCGAUGAGUACGCCUCAGAGCUGGAAACGCGCCGAUUAUAUAUAGAUGAGUCCUUGAAUAGCAAUGUCCCCACUAACCUCCGUGUACUCCGUUCAAUCCUGGAAAACUUGAGAAGCAAAAUACAAAAACUAGAAACGGACGUGUCAGCUCAGAUGGAAUACUGCCGAACCCCCUGCACUGUCAGUUGCAAUAUCCCUGUGGUGUCCGGCAAAGAAUGUGAGGAAAUUGUCAGGAAUGGAGGUGAAACAUCCGAGCUGUAUCUCAUUCAGCCUCACAGCUCUAUCAAACCCUACAGAGUGUACUGCGAUAUGAACACGGAAGGUGGAGGAUGGACAGUAAUUCAGAAUCGUCAAGAUGGUAGUGUUGACUUUGGCAGGAAAUGGAAUCCAUAUAAAGGAGGAUUUGGUAAUAUUGCAACCAAUGAAGAUGGGAAAAAAUAUUGUGGCCUACCAGGUGAGUAUUGGCUUGGAAAUGAUAGAAUUAGCUUUCUUACCAACUUGGGACCCACAGAACUUCUGAUUGAAAUGGAGGACUGGAAAGGAGAUAAGGUAAAGGCACGCUAUGGAGGAUUCACUGUACAGGACGAGACAAGGAAGUACCAGAUCUCAGUGGACAAAUAUAGGGGAACAGCUGGCAACGCCCUCAUGGAAGGAGCUUCUCAACUGGUGGGAGAAAACAAAACCAUGACCAUCCACAACAGCAUGUUCUUCAGCACGUACGACAGGGACAAUGACGGCUGGGUAAAUGCAGACCCCAGAAAGCAGUGCUCUAAAGAGGAUGGUGGUGGAUGGUGGUAUAAUAGAUGUCAUGCAGCCAAUCCAAAUGGCAGAUACUACUGGGGUGGACAAUACAGCUGGGACAUGGCAAAACAUGGCACAGAUGAUGGAGUGGUCUGGAUGAACUGGAAGGGGUCCUGGUAUUCAAUGAAGAAGAUGUCUAUGAAGAUCAGGCCCUUUUUCCCACAGCAAUAGUCUCCAAAACAUAGAUUUUUAUUUUUCCACAUGUAGCACCACUUUCAUGUAUUACGUCAUUGGAAUUUUCUUUCAUACAUUAUAUCCCUCUAAAACUGUC